UUGAUUGGCUGCGCGAUGGCAUGUGACCAACGGUCGCGGGAAGUCCUUUCCCACGCGCGUGAUAGGAAGGAGUUGGUAGUUGACUCAUUCAAACUUUUUGUAAACAUUGGAAUGGUUUAAUUGUUUAAAGACGUGUUUCUCUGUCAGCGAGCCGUCAAGAAGGUAGUGACGGACACUCACACCCGUCGGGUGGGGGCUUUAUUUUUCGGAAUUAAUUCAAUAUCAGCUCAACUUCGGACGUUGUUCACGGGGCCAUUUUUCAACGUUGGAUGGGCGUGUAGGAUUUCAGCAAACACGUUAACUUUGUUGGCGAAGCUUCGGAAGCAGUGCUUUGCAUCCGCCGCGUGCUUUUCAGGGUUUUUUUUUUUUGUUUUUUUACGGCGUCAACGAAGCCGGGUUUUAAAUCCUGAAAAUGUCGAGCUACAGCCGCCAUCGGCACGGAUCUCCUUCUCCAAAAAGUCGGCCAAUCCGUCAGAAAUUACAGUUCACAUGCAGCGACGGAGAGGACGAUCUCAUCGAGGACAUCAACAACAGCACAGGGGGAGAGUCUGGCUUCACGGAGAUGGAUUCCCCGAUGCCAGUACGACGGAUCAUCGCCGACAAAUGCCUGGACGGGAGCAGCAGCCCCCUGAAUCAGUCCGGUGGGGAUGAAGACGUGGAGCUAUGGGACGAGGAGGAGAGUUUUGGAUCCCCAACUCACCUGCAGUCACCCAGCAGUGUUAUAUUUGCCAACUGCUCGCCAUCCCCUCGGAAAACCUCUCGGCUGUUUGGAGGGUCUCCCUGUCGUCCCGGAUCUCCGGACGACGGGGGAUCCAGCUCCCCGAUCCCGGACUGUCCAGAUACACCUCCGCACAAAACCUUCAAGAAACUGCGGCUUUUUGACACACCGCACACACCAAAGAGUUUACUGUCCAGAGCUAGAAGCUCAGGCCCAGGGUCCUCCAGCAGGAGAGUUUCCUUAUUCAAGAAAGUGGACGUUUUAGGAAAGUCACUUAUUGACAGUGGCAGGAGACAGCAGACUCCCCUGGUCAACUUUAACCCCUUCACCCCUGACUCCCUCCUCAUUCAGUCUGCCACACAGCAGAGAAUCAACAGAAAGCGAGCACACUGGAACGACUCCUGUGGAGAAGACAUGGAAGCAAGUGAUGGUGAAGGAGAGGAGGAAGUGGUGCCACCAUCUAAGAGGAUCACAAUGAUGGAAAGCAACAUGAUGUCCCGGUAUGCUUCAGAGUUCCUUGAGUUGGAGAAAAUUGGCUGCGGGGAGUUCGGUGCUGUGUUCAAGUGCGUGAAAAGGCUUGACGGCUGCAUGUAUGCCAUCAAGAGGUCAAAGAAACCUCUGGCAGGAUCAGUAGAUGAGCAAAAUGCCUUACGGGAGGUGUAUGCUCAUGCCGUGCUGGGCCAACAUCCCCACGUGGUACGCUACUACUCAGCCUGGGCUGAAGACGACCACAUGCUCAUCCAGAAUGAGUACUGCAACGGCGGCACGCUGUCCGACGUCAUCGCAGAGAACUACAGACGGCUCAGCUAUCUGACGGAGCUUGAGCUGAAAGAUCUGCUUGUGCAGGUCACACAGGGACUAAAGUACAUCCAUUCAACCUCUCUGGUGCACAUGGAUAUCAAACCAAGCAACAUCUUUAUUUCACGGAAAUCCAUAGUGAGCUGUGAUGAAUGUGACGAGGAUGAAGGACUGACUCCUACUGUUAUCUACAAAAUUGGUGAUCUCGGUCAUGUGACAAGAGUGAACAAUCCACAGGUUGAAGAGGGCGACAGCAGAUACCUGGCUAAUGAAGUUUUACAAGAGGACUACAGUAACCUGACAAAAGCAGACAUCUUUGCUUUGGCCCUGACUGUUGUCAGCGCGUCAGGGGCCGAACCUCUACCCACCAACGGAGAGAAAUGGCAUGAGAUCAGACGGGGCAAACUCCCUGCCAUUCCUCAAGUGCUUUCUCCAGAGUUUCUCAGUCUUCUAAAGCUUAUGAUCCACCCUGAUCCAACAAGGCGCCCAUCAACCUCUGACCUCAUCAAACACCCGGUACUUCUGACCACUGCCAGAAUGAGUGCUGAUCAGCUCAGAGUGGAGCUCAACGCAGAGAAGUUUAAGAACGCCCUGCUUCAAAAAGAGCUGAAGAAAGCCCAGCAGGCUAGAGCGGCAGCCGAGGAGAAAGUUUUAUCCACGGACAGGAUCUUAACCCGCUCCACAGUCCAGAACUCCAGAACCACCAGGCUUAUUGGGAAAAAAAUGAGCCGAUCGGUCAGCCUCACAAUCUACUGAGACUUUAUUCCAUCCUGAUAAGAAGUGAAACACAAAGGCUUAUGGACCUUUUAACCAGAUCUGAUCACUUAAAAAAGAAAAAAAUACUUUUUUUUUUUUUUUGGAGGACAACCCUGUCAGUUGAGGAGUUGGGCUCCUCUGUCCAAUCAAAGCUGUAGAGUGUUGACGCACCAGACUUGAACUCAUCUCACUAGACUCUUUGCCAAUAUAGUUCAGUCCUUUCACCAGUGGACUUCUUUUUUUCUUUUUGAAAGGAAGGUAGUUGCUUUACCUUUUACACUUUGUCAUUCUUUAAGUUUGCAUAGAUGUCAGACACUUCUCUCCGUUCCUGUCCUUGCACUUCUCUCGACUAAGUCGAAGCGCAUUUCAGCAGAUCAAAACUGCAGUGAAGCUUUUUUUUUUCUUCCCCAGUGUGAAUGUACUCAAUGUAGCCGUGCGCACCUUACUGCCUGUCGCAUGCCUGAUGCUGGCUACUAGAGGAUCUGAGAACUUACAGUUUCUGUGUUUGUAAUGGAGCACUUUGGAGGUAACAUGUGGAGCUUACCACAUUGUUUCAAAAGAGAGAAAAAAAAAAAAAGAAAAGAAAAAGAAAAUGAAACCUGCUGCUAUCGAUGUUUUUGUGUGUCAGGGUUCGGUCGGUUUCAGGUUGGGUCAUUAAUUGUCACUGGCUCUUAUUUUCAAGUAGCAGGAGCCCCUAUUUCCAUCGUUUUGUAUCUGGUCGGAUGGAAAUGGAUCAUGCUUAAAAAAAAAAAAAAAUAAAUAAAAAUUAUCCAAUGUCUGUGAAGUACCGCAACCAGUGAACCAACUUGUUAUCUAUGAGGUUAGAAUUGAUCCAUGCUUUUAAUCUUGCCUAUUGAUCAGUGCUGCCAACCCUGCCUGUAGCAUUACUACAAUCAUCGUCCCGUUCUUACGAUUCUCAUGUGUUCUGUUGGUUUGUUCUUUCUUCUGUCUGUUUUUCAUAACGCUUGUCUUCUAUUACUGUUUAGGCGAGUAUUCCUUUUGUUCUUGUAACCCCAUAACAGUAACUUUUCUGUUGUCUGUUCUGUUGUUGUACCAUGUACAUAUGUUCUUUUUAAUAAAUUCUCACAAUCUACACGUCA